AUGGGAACCACGGUUGAAACCAACUACGGAUCGUACACAUAUGAAAACCUCGAAAGGGAACCCUACUGGCCAACGGAAAAGCUUUCGAUUUCCAUUACUGGAGCUGGUGGAUUCAUUGCCUCUCACAUUGCCAGGCGUCUGAAGACUGAAGGUCAUUACAUUAUUGCUUCUGACUGGAAGAAAAACGAGCACAUGACAGAGGAUAUGUUCUGUCAUGAAUUCCAUCUUGUUGAUUUGAGAGUGAUGGAUAACUGUUUGAAAGUUACCCAAGGAGUUGAUCACGUGUUCAAUCUUGCUGCGGAUAUGGGAGGGAUGGGCUUUAUUCAGUCAAAUCACUCUGUCAUCAUGUAUAACAAUACGAUGAUCAGUUUUAACAUGAUCGAGGCUGCCAGGAUUAACGGAGUCAAGAGGUUUUUCUAUGCCUCCAGUGCUUGUAUCUAUCCUGAAUUUAAGCAGUUGGAUACCAAUGUGAGCUUGAAGGAGUCUGAUGCUUGGCCCGCUGAGCCCCAAGAUGCUUAUGGCUUAGAGAAGCUGGCAACGGAGGAACUCUGUAAACACUACAACAAAGAUUUUGGAAUUGAAUGCCGAAUUGGAAGAUUCCAUAAUAUUUAUGGUCCAUUUGGGACAUGGAAAGGUGGGAGGGAGAAGGCACCUGCUGCUUUCUGUAGGAAAUCCCUUACGUCCACAGAUAAAUUUGAGAUGUGGGGAGAUGGUUUACAAACACGAUCUUUCACCUUUAUUGAUGAAUGCGUCGAGGGUGUUCUGAGAUUGACAAAAUCUGAUUUCCGAGAGCCUGUAAACAUUGGAAGUGAUGAGAUGGUCAGCAUGAAUGAGAUGGCUGAGAUUGUCCUGAGCUUUGAGAACAAAAAGCUCCCCAUUCAUCACAUUCCUGGACCUGAGGGUGUGCGUGGUCGAAACUCAGACAACACUCUAAUUAAGGAAAAGCUUGGGUGGGCACCUUCUAUGAAACUGAAGGAUGGACUGAGAAUCACAUAUUUCUGGAUCAAGGAUCAAAUUGAGAAGGAGAAGGGUGAUGGCACUGAUAUAUCAGCCUACGGGUCGUCAAAAGUUGUGGGAACCCAAGCUCCAGUUCAACUUGGUUCUCUUCGUGCUGCUGAUGGCAAAGAAUGA